UCAUUCAAGCAGUAGAAGGACUAACUUGACAAACACUGAGCAGACACAGGCUGCAGAAAAACUAAUUUGAAGAUACACUUCUGAAAUUAUAUUGCAGAAAACUUUGUAUAUCAUCAUAAGGUCUUUUUUUUAUUAGGGGAUACAGCACAGUCUGAAAAUAAUGAUCAAAUUUUCAUGAAAAUUGACAUGUCAAUGAUCUCUGAACCAUCUUUUGCUUUAUAGCAAAAAUAUACAAUGCCUUUCAAUGCUAAUUUUCUCAAUGUCUAUACAUUUUGGUGAAAUGUAUUUUUUAGAAAAAAAUUUAUGCAACACACUAUUGUCAUUUUUCUUUUUAUCACAUAAAGAGGAGUUAUCUCCCCUUUAUAUUUCAUCUUGUUCUAUCAUUUUUCCUGGUGUCACAGACCAAAAUAGAUCCUGACUACAUUUGCAUUUGUAUCAGCACUUAUAUUAGGGAUAACUCUAAAGAAACGUUCUCAAAGGUAGGUCUGACAUUCAAUUGGAAAUCUUUUUUGUGGAGAGGUAGUAUUUCAUGAGUGUUUCAUAGCACAUUAAGUUAAAUAAAUUAUUAUAUACCCUUGUAUUUAUGAAUGUAUUGUGCAUUAUAAUUAUCUAGUCUUGUUGACAUCUAUUUACAGAUAUACAUUUAUUUCAUCAAAGCUAGACGUGAUGUUCCGUUAAACUCCUUUCAAUGGCCGCUAAGUACUCCCGACUGCCCACUGAGGACAGCGUGAGUCUGGAUUUCAGCUCUCCGUUCUCCUAUGGUGUUGGUGAGAGUUCAACCAAGUACGAUUCUUACUACACCUACGGUGGCAACAUGGAGAAAAAGUACCGUUCACAUUACACAUACGAUGGACAUGAUCACAGUCAUAAAGAUGCCAGACUACAUAUUGAGAAGCGGUCCCUGUUGUCGAACAUCUGUCAUUACUUCAUGAUUGGCCUGAGUUUCUUCCUGUUGAUCAUCACCUUUCCCAUUUCAGGAUGGUUCUCCUUCAAGAGAGUGACAGAAUUUGAGCGAUUGGUGGUGUUUAGACUUGGACGUCUUCAGAGAGUAAAAGGACCUGGUAUGGCAUUUAUCCUGCCCUUAGUAGACCGAGUUAUGAAGGUAGACAUCCGUCUGAAGGCUUUCAACGUCCCUCCUCAACAGUUGAUAACUGCUGAUCGAGCCAUCAUUGAAGUUGGAGCCGAUGUCCAGUACCGGAUUACUGAUGUGACAAAGUCAGUCACCUGUAUAGAGAACCCUAAUCAAAGUCUGAGGGGGUUGGUCCAGGCAUCACUCAAAAACCAUCUCUUGUCCAAGGAAAUGGCAGUCAUUGAGAAACAGAAACAAUGGAUCAUUUCCAGUAUUGAGGAGGACAGUAACAGAACAGCCAAAAACUGGGGGCUGGAGAUCACUAGGAUCCAGUUACCACCGAUUAAGCUGUUGAAGCCUCCUGAAUCAGCCCCUAAGGGAGGGGCACCCAACUUUAUGAUGCCUCCCGGCCUCCCACAAACAUUCCAACAGCUCACCUCGGUGUUCAUGGAGGCAGCAGCCAAUCAGAGCCAUGGAGCUGAAGGUCAGACCGUUGACAUGGCCCAAUCAGAGGUUGUCACUAUUAUAUCUGAGGACGGAGCUGUUGGUAGCAGUGAUAUACUCUCGGGGGAAGCCCCCACACCGCGGGAUAUUCUCGUGCAGACCAAUGGUGUCCUUACCGAGGCUAUGGUGAAAAGUGUCCGAUCUGUGUACCAGUUUAAUCUCAGUGGAAAAGAUGGUGGCACUUUUUAUCUGGAUCUAAAAAACGAAAGCGGUCACGCUGGUGAGGGUGCGCCCCCUAGUGGUGAAGCUGAUGUUAUUUUGUCCCUUUCUGUGACUGAUAUGCAGAGGAUGUUUAUGGACAAGUUUAAACCAAUGCAGGCUUACAUGAGUGGACGGUUGAAAGUGUCGGGUGACUUAUCGGCUGCUCUUCAAUUGGAGGACAUAAUAAAAAAAGUUGUCAAAAAGAUAAAAGGCGGCCAAUCUGGAAUCCAAACCGUGUAAUUAACAAAUAAAUUAUGCAACAUGACAACAUUUAGUAAAACCAUUACAUUAAGUUACAUACAGUGUUAUUGCAAUAGAUUUUGUUUGAUCUCCAUCAAUAUAUAUAGAUGAUAUACAUUGUACAUAUAUGUAUAUGUAUAUCAAAAUAAUUUUUAAAGUAUAGUUUUACAUGUUAGCAUUAUUCCAAGUCGUCAAAUGUUUUGUCCCACAUGUAAUCAGUUCUGCCAAUUCAUCAAAUUUCUCUGGGUUUACCAGUUUUUAAAACUGCCCAGUCUGAAUGUCCUGUCAGGCUAUCAAAUACAUGUAACCCAUUUUUUAAAUUCAAUAGCAAAUUAAGAUGUAUCUUGUUUUUAAUAAGAAAGGAAAAAGUCUGAUGUUGAUAUUGACACUCUAACACAAAAGUCUCAUAAUUUUCCUUCUAGCAAGCCUUAAUUUAGCAACAACCUGCUAGAUUUUCUUAAGAAUGUGUUGGUAAAAGAAAAUGUAUAGGUAUGUUUAAAAUGGUUUUACUGUACUGAUAACCACAGACUUAUAGUCCAUGUGAUAUAACCUGGAAGUUACAGUAAUAUUUCCCCCCCAAUUCGCAAGAUUUUAAACAUACCCCAGUACUAAGUAUUUAUGUUGAUGAAAGGAGACUGGUGGGACCAUGUAAAUAAUAUAACUGUCAAACUUAGAUAUACAAACCACAUCUUUGUCAAUUAAGGCUUGUGUUAAAGCAACAUAAAAUCAAUAGGUCUAUCAUUAUUUCAUAAACACACAAUUCUGAUACAACUGUUUUUACAACAAUAACUAAAACAGACUAGGUUUUCUAACAUUCCUAAGCUGUAAAACAUGCAUGUAACCCUGGGCCAAUGCUCUCUGACCUUUUUCAUUGACUUUUAAUCUACCGCAUACUGUAACUGAUAAAUAGACCAAUUAUUAUAUGACUACUGUAAGUGUAUUGUAUGAUUAUUGAAAAAAAUCUAUUUUUAGAAACACUGAGUUAAUGUGACACAAUUUAACCCUUUUGCUUUUAUGUCUAAUAUAAAAGUGAAGGACAUUUGAUUUGAUUGAUAUAUGGUGUUAUAUCGAUCCGCGGUAGAAUAAUAAAAUAUUGACCUCACUAAAAGUCAAUGAUUGAUAAAUAUUUGGUUAAGAAUGACUUGUUAUAACCCUAAAUAACAUAGGUGUUGUUCCUUGUGUUGGAUAAAACCCUAUUGCUGCUAGAUUCAGUUUUGAUUGACCAAUUUACAUGUUGUUGGUAUUAUUGUUGUAAAUGUUAAUUGAAACAUUAUGUAUUCCUCUUUGUCAGGAAAAUUUCAAGUUAUCAAUAUUGGAUGGUGUCAAUGCUGAUAUUUAGCUAACUAUCCUUAAAUCAAAGCCUGUUCAUCAUAUUCUUAUUCAAUAAGUUAAACUUACUUAAGCAUCAACCUUUAGAUGGAAUCAUUUGUCAAUAUCUUACAAUUUUAUUUUCUGUUUUAAAGUUAUACAAUUAUGUGUGUGAUUCACAUUUCAUUAUUUAUAGAUGUAAUUUGUGAAUGCCUUAAUUUAUUUUUGUGUUGACUUUUUCAGUGUAUAUACUAGAUAUAUAUCUAGUUUUUUUUAUAUUUAUUUCCUUUUUUUUAAUAUGAUUUAUCACUAAUAUUGAAAUCCACUAUUUUGUAAAAGAAGAUUGAAUGAUUAAAUACAAGAUUUAUUACCAACACUCAAAA